AACAUUUGGUGUCCAUCUCAGGAAUAUUGUCAACCUGUUGUAGGAAUACUUACUGUCAGUUCCACAUGACGAAUCACACUGUCUGAAUAUCCGCUGUUUGUUAUUCUACAGGCAACCUGACCUACAACGUGACAUAUGGGGAUAUUAAGGUACCCAUGAGCGAUGAGGAGGGAAUUUUUAGGGAGGCUAUCCCCUGCUACAUUUUUGGCUGUAAAUGGCCCAAAACUGGAAACCGAGUCAUAAUUCCCUAUGAAAUCUCCAGAUAUUUUACGAAACGUGAAAAGAGAACUAUUGAAAAAGCCCUAAGAGACAUUCGUUUUGGAGGGCGCACGCCAUGCAUUCACUUUGUCAGAAAGACUAGAUGGGAUAGAGACUAUCUAUUCUUCUUAUCAUCCAAUAGCUGUCAGUCACACAUUGGUUAUUUCGGUGGCGGACAGAUAAUCGACUUGGACAGAAAUGGUUGUGUGCGCAAAGACGUUGUGCAACACGAGGUCCUCCAUGCACUUGGAUUCCACCAUGAGCAGGUCCGCUAUGACAGAAAUCAUUACGUCACCAUCAAGUAUGAAAACAUCCAACCAGGAAAGGAACGAAACUUUCAGAUUGCAAAUACAAACAACUUGAUUACCCCCUAUGAUUAUGACUCUGUGAUGCAUUACGACGCGUGA